CACUUGAUCAGCAAUUAAUCAACUUGCCCUUCCAACCUCUUCCCCUUCCCCCAUCGCUUCCUCCUCCAGCUCCGACCACGGUGACUCGGUGAGCAUAGCAACGCCGCUUCCGCGCUCGGGUCCGAUCCCCGCGCGGCCCGCACAAAAUUCCACGCUGCCGCAGAUGCCGCUCGGACGGGAGGGUUGAUCUCGGGGCCCAUGAGCUUGCCGGGGAGGAAGGCCCCGGCGGGGGUCACCGGAGUCCGGCGGUGGCUCGUCACGGUCGUCGUGUCGGUGCUGGCGCUGGUGCUGACCCUAGUGGUGAUAUCGCUGUCCCAGGGCUCGUCCCUGCCUCGGACGUCGCUGCACGACUACCUCCCCGCCGGAGUUACUGGCCUCGGGAAGCGUUCGUCGUCGGAGCAUGCUGAUGGAAACAGCAGUGGCGCUGUAGUUGGGGAGGAAUUGUCGCAGGGUGGGCGGGAACCCUUAGUGGAGCAGAAUGGUCAGGGUGGUGACGCGAAUUCAAGCCAAACUUCUGCAGUUACAGGAAAGUUGGAUGAUAACGAGCCGGAUCCAGUUGCUUCCAGUGAUGCCACAGCAAUUCCUGACGAAUCUCAAAAGGCUGAGCAAGAUACUUGCGAUCUAUAUCGUGGAGAGUGGGUUACUGAUUCUUCUGGGCCACUAUACACAAACAACUCUUGCCCUAUCAUCACACAGAUGCAAAAUUGCCAAGGAAAUGGGCGACCGGACAAGGACUAUGAGAAUUGGAGAUGGAAACCGGAACAGUGUGACCUCCCACGCUUUGAUGCAAGGAAGUUCUUGGAGUUGAUGAGAGGCAAGACACUUGCUUUUGUCGGGGAUUCAGUUGCUCGGAAUCAGAUGGAGUCCCUCCUUUGCAUUCUGUGGCAGGUAGAUGUCCCACAAAACCGUGGCAACAAAAGGAUACACAAGUGGCUCUUCAAGUCAACUAAAACAACUAUUGCCCGUGUCUGGUCUUCUUGGUUAGUGCACAGGUCAACUGAAGCUGUGGGGAUUGCUCCUAUGGGCAUUGAUAAGGUUUUUCUGGAUAUUCCUGAUGAAACCUUCGUGGAGUUUCUCCCAAGAUUUGAUGUAAUUGUCCUUUCCUCUGGCCAUUGGUUUGCCAAACGAUCAGCCUAUAUCCUGAAUGGGAAUGUUGUUGGAGGGCAGCUUUGGUGGCCUCGUAAAGCAGGAAAAAUGCAGGUCAACAAUGUGGAUGCUUUUGGUAUCUCUGUCGAGACUUGCCUAACUGCUGUGGCGACUAACCCAAAUUUCACAGGCCUAGCUAUUGUACGAACAUGGUCACCUGAUCAUUAUGAAGGUGGAGCAUGGAACACUGGUGGAUCAUGCACUGGAAAGGUCAAGCCCUUGGAUGAAGUGGUGAGGAAUGGCUUUACCGAUGCAAUGCAUGAAAAGCAGGUUGCAGGCUUCAGGAAGGCAGUGAAGAAUGUGGGGAAACACGGUUCCAGGUUGAAAUUGAUGGAUAUCACUGAGCCCUUUGCCUUCAGGGCUGAUGGGCAUCCUGGCCCGUAUAGAAGUCCUGACCCAAACAAGAAGACACAGAGAGGGCCAGAUGGAAAACCUCCACCUCAGGAUUGUUUGCAUUGGUGCAUGCCAGGACCAGUAGACACCUGGAAUGAGAUGUUGCUAGAGACCAUACAGAGAGAAUUUGAGAGAGAUAGAACCUGAGGAUAGAAAUUGCUGGCUACUUUUCCACCACGUGAAAUAUUCUGCGCUGCAACAUCAUAGGCAUGUAUCGCAUCAAUUAGCAUGUUGUGUUUACCAUAGAUAGGGACGAACAUAGUUUCAGAUACGUAAGAUUCACUGUAUUUUUUCUGACACAUUCUUGAACAUCAUUUUCUUGCCAAAUUUUGUGGACCUGAAGCCCAAUAGUGGCAACUGAUAUUACUUGCUGUCUUUGUACCAGUCAGCCUGGUUUGGUGUAAUAGAAUGAAACUGUAACAGGUGGAAAGGAGAGAAUCAUUAGCUGAAAAAUUGCUUUUAACUA